AUGCGGAAAUGGAGCUUCAAUGGCAAUGAACCUGGUGCUGCAAUACGCUACAUAGGAUUAGUCCUGGCUGAUGAGAAGGGAGAUUCUAUAUAUGCUCAGAUCCUUCAGGGACAAGUUCAUAGGCUAGACUCUCUGCUUCAGCUUCAUAGCACAUACAUCAUCAGCAAAUUCACUGUUAGAACCUCCAGGACAGAUAUAACUCAAGCAUAUGGAGGAAAUGCUUGCCAGUGGUACUUCAAUCCAGAAAUUAAGGAAGCUCAAGCUUUAUAUAACAGAUUAAAGCUUUCUCCAGUUACAAUACAUACACCACCACCGGAGCUAACUGGUGGACAUGAACUCAUCCAGCCUAUUAUGAUAGAGCACAAGACCCUCGAUGAGCUAAACAGCAUUGAUCCAUAUGAGAUUCCAAAAAUAGGAUACAAAUGCACUGUAACAAUCACAAACAUACAUGAAAUGCCAAGGUGGUGGUAUGUGGGCUGUGCAAAAUGCGGUAAAGCUCCCGAAGUUGAAACAGUACCAUUCCUAUGUCGGUGCGGCUGGAAAGAUAGCACACCUCUCUACAAGCUCUCAUUCCAGGCAAAAGAUGAUACAGGUGAAGCCCGCUUCUUUGGUUAUGACGAAGUCUCACGCAGGAUAAUACGACGCAACAUUGAUUUCAUGCUGAGGCAAAGUAGACAGGCUGCAGGGCUACCUCAACAUUUCAAAGAUCUUAUUUCCCGCAAGUACACAUUUGUGGUCGGUGUCACCAAUUCAUCGUUCCAAGAUCCCAGAUUUAGAACAUACCUGGUGAAGACAGUCUCGAUUGAUUAUCACGAGAAAGCCUUCGUAGCAAAUCAGAACCUAUUGGUUCAAACGCCCAGUCAGACUACAGCCUCAACAUCUUCUGGUUCCCUCGCCCUACAGAUAACUGAUCCAAACGCAUUGAACAACCAGGUCGAGAUGGUCACUCAAAUCACAACCCUUACCAAUGCUUCGCUCAUAUAUUACAAUCAUAUGUAG